AAAAGAUAAAUUUUACAGAGGAGGGAAGUUGUGUUGUAUAAAUAUAGCGCGGAAUGAGGAGAGAUUCCAAAUCAUCGCCGAGCUGGUUUAGCUUGCUCUGCUAUUCUAAGAAUAACCAUCUCCUAAAGAUAUACCAUUUUUACUGGAAUUAAUUUUCUAUUGAUUCCUUUCGCUUCAAUUCAAUCUUCUUCUUCUUCUUCUUCCUCCUCUUACUCUCUCUCUCUCUCUCUCUCUCUCUCUCUCUCUCUCUCUCUCUCUUUCUAUCUGAUACACAACCCGCUCAACAUGUGAUAGUUUUCUUUUUUGAUCUCCAAGCAUUUAAUCGUCUUUUUCUGGAUAUUUCGAGGCUUGGAUUUUGUUCAAAGCUGAAUUGAUUUAAUAUUUAUAGAGUGUCUAGAAAAAGCCGGGAUAAUGGCUGUGGAAGAGACGGAAAAGGAGAGGCAAGAAAAUCCAAAGAUGGAGGAGUUGAGAUUGGACUCGGACGAGAAGGAAUUCAUUCACGACGAUCCAUCUCCGCGGGGCGUGCUGGAGAUUCCGGUGAUGAACGGGGAUUCCGAUACCAGCAGCAGCAGCAGUUUUAGCUCCUGCUCCACCACCGAGAAAUCUUCGACCCCGAAACACGAAUCGAAUCGGGAAGGUUACGGCCUGCAAUGGAGGAACAUGAUCGACACCAUCAAGAAAAAGUCCGCUAGAAGGUUUUCAAUCAUUCCUCUGCUGACAACGUACGAGAACAGGAAGAAUUUGCGAAGGAGAAUGGCUAAAUUAGCAGUUUCUGAGGAUGAGGUCCAGACUGCUUCUUUGUCUGUGGCUAAGCCUUCAUGGAGGAAUUUCAGUUUUGAAGAACUUGCUGCCGCUACUGAUAAUUUCUCUCCCGAGAACAUGAUUGGAAAAGGAGGCAACGCAGAGGUAUAUAAAGGCUGCUUACCAGAGGGUGAAAUUGUAGCAGUGAAGAAGCUGAUGAGUAAUGAGAAGGAAGAAGAAGACAGAGUCAGUGAUUUCCUAUCAGAACUCGGGAUUAUUGCCCACGUAAACCACCAAAAUGCUGCUCGUUUAAUCGGUUUCAGCACUGAUUGUGGCUUGCACUUUGUCCUCGAAUUCUUGCCUCAUGGCAGCCUUGCUUCUUUGCUUUUUAGUCCAACAGAAUGUUUAGAAUGGAAGAUAAGGUUCAAGGUAGCUAUCGGAGUUGCUGAUGGAUUGAGGUAUCUGCAUCAUGAUUGCCAGAGGAGAAUUAUUCAUAGAGACAUCAAGGCCUCUAACAUAUUGCUCACUGAAGAUUUUGAGGCACAGAUUUCUGAUUUUGGACUGGCCAAGUGGCUACCAGAAAAUUGGCCUCAUCAUAUUGUAUAUCCUAUUGAGGGUACAUUCGGAUAUCUAGCUCCUGAAUACUUCAUGCAUGGGAUAGUUGAUGAGAAAACAGACAUAUUUGCCUUUGGGGUUCUACUGCUGGAGCUUAUAACGGGUCGCCGAGCAGUUGAUACAGCAAGCAGACAAAGUCUUGUGAUGUGGGCAAAGCCACUGUUGGAGAAAAACAAUUUAAAAGACUUAGUCGAUCCUCGAUUAGGAGAUGAUUUUGAUCUCACUGAAAUGAGACGUUCAAUGUUAACAGCUUCGCUGUGCAUAAACCACUUGGCCACCAUGCGUCCUAGCAUGAAUCGGGUUGUACACUUGCUAAGGGGAGAGGAUGGGCCAUUGGAGUUGCAGAAAUGUAAUACAGGGAGGGCAGGGAUUUUAGAAGGUUGUGAUUUGCAAGAUUAUACUUGCGCCAGUUACCUUGACGAGCUCACUCGUCACAGGCAGCUUGUGAUGGAGUAAAGUGGAGAAUUUGGUUGGAAUGUUGUUUGUUGUUGUUUUUUUUUUUUUUUGGGCUGCAGCCUGCUUGUUAUUACCAGUGUUGGCUUGUAAAUGGUGUGGCACCCUUGUAUGUACAAGUCAUGACAGACAGACAGACAUUGUAGGUGGGAGAUUUCUAGCUGGAGUUUUUCUAAAUCGUAUAGCUUGUACUUGGAAGAGUAGUUUUGUUUUUUUUUGCUGUACAUGUACGGAGAAAACUAGUGAGGAAAUCUCAUAAUGUUUGGAAAGAGUUUUUAUUAAUCAAAUGUUGCAGAAGUGAAAGGAAACAGCAAA